CUACCGAUAGUGGCAAUAGUGUCACAUUUCCAUUUUAUGGAAUCACUUCAUUUAGAUUUAGAAGAAGAAAAAAUGCCAAGAAUCAAUUCAAGAGCAUCAUGCGGCAGGGAUUUUCAUUGUUGUCCCGACAUAUCGACAGCUAUUGAAACGGCUUGCAGAGCUGGAUAUGAUUUUGUCUGUUUACCUCUUGUCAACCCUCGAUUCAAGCGUGAAUUUAUUGAUGGACCUGCUAAAAAUAGAAAAUGUGCUCUAACUCGCUCGGAUAUGUGUUUAGUUAGUCAGGAUUGGAACAGCCUUGUAGUUGGGAAAACAUCACCUUGGCUACAUCUGGAUUCAGACCAUUACAAUACAAGAAAAAAUAGUGAAUUAGCUUUAAAAGAAGAGCUAACAUGGUCGGCACAUCUUGGACUGCCUGCUGUUCUUAUGCCUUUACCCAAUGGGAAAAGUAUUAAUUUGGCACAAUGCAUUAGUGAACAAAUUACCUCCAGCUAUUACCAGCAACAAUAUUGGUUGCAGGUUCCUUUAGUGAGCUAUGCUGACUCCUGUGAUCCAGUCAUUGAAGGUGUUGAUAGUAACAUGGAUGGUUAUGAGGACACAUGGCAAUGGUGGAACCUUUUCCGGUCACUGUGUGACUCAAACAAAAGGUUGGGUGUUGCUUUGGAAUUGACAGCUGACCUUCCAUCCAGUGAAAUAAUUGACAGAUGGCUCUCAGAGCCAGUCAAAGCUGUGAUUGUUUCCACUUCACUUUUCUUGACCAAUCACAAAGGUUAUCCAGUUCUAGCCAAGCCACACCAAGCUGUAAUAAAGAAAUUGUUUAAGUUGGAAGCUCAGGUCAUUAUCACAGGUCAAGACAGACACCCAGAAAAGACAAUCAGAGCUUACCAGCAGUACAUAGAUCAUCUUUGGCAGACACAAGAGCCUCUUGAUACAGUUAGCCAAUUUGCCAAAGGUUAUGAAGACUUUUUGCAGUCUCCAUUGCAGCCACUAAUGGACAACUUGGAAUCACAAACCUAUGAAAUAUUUGAAAAAGACCCUAUUAAGUAUUCCCAGUAUCAAAAGGCUAUUUAUGAAGCAUUAAAGGACAGAGUUCCUUUAGAAGAAAGGAAUACGAAAGAAGUUGUCAUAAUGGUAGUUGGAGCUGGUAGAGGACCAUUGGUGCGUGCUGCUCUUGCAGCAGCUGAGGAUAUUGGUGUCAAGUUAAAAAAGCUUUAUGCCAUUGAAAAAAAUCCAAAUGCAAUUAUAACGCUUGAGAACAUCAAGGAUGAAGAGUGGAAAGACAGUGUAGAAGUUAUUUCCUGUGACAUGAGAGACUGGGAAGCUCCUGUGAAAGCAGAUAUACUUGUGAGUGAACUCUUGGGAUCCUUUGGUGAUAAUGAACUGUCUCCUGAAUGUUUAGAUGGAACACAAAGAUACCUUAAAGAGGAUGGUAUUAGUAUACCAGAGCAGUACACAUCAUAUCUGGCUCCAUUAAUGUCUUCUAAAUUGUACAAUGAAGUCAGAGCAUCAAAAGCUGAACGAGGCAAGCCACCAGAGGCUCCUUUUGAAAUGCCCUAUGUUGUUCGUUUACAUAACUGUGCUACUCUGGCCAAACCUCAACCAGUGUUUACAUUUAUUCAUCCAAACAAAGAUGAUGUGAUAGAUAACUGUCGAUACAAAUCUCUGGAGUUUUCUGUUGAUCAAGAUAGCACUGUCCAUGGUUUUGCUGGAUAUUUUGAUACAGUUCUCUAUAGAGAUGUUACACUGAGUAUUGUUCCAGAGACACACUCACCUGGCAUGUUUAGCUGGUUUCCCAUAUUUUUUCCCAUAAGGGUUCCUAUAAUGAUUACAUCAGAUUCCAUUGUGACAAUAGACAUUUGGCGCAGGUGUACUUCUAAAAAUGUCUGGUAUGAAUGGGCAUUUCGCUGUGGUGGUCAAAUAUCCCCAAUCCACAAUCCAAAAGGAAGAUCUUAUACAAUAGGAUUGUAAUAACCUUCAGAAAAAGUCUCAAAAUCCUCAUUAUUGAAAUGCAUUUAAUAUUACUACCAGUAGUGACUUAUAUAGUCAGAAUAUGACUUGAUCAAAAUAAUUGUUUUUUAAUUUCAAAAUUUUAGAUCAUUGUUUUAAGAAUAUUGUUUACAAGACCAACUAAAAAAAACUUCUCUAUGUUAAUGUCAUAAACCACUUUUGUGUUUAGUUAAUAAAUAUAAUGACAAUAAAGUAAUGUGUAAAAAAUGUUUCCAAA